AGAAGGAAGGCGUUCGGGGCGAUCUACCCUUCUGUCCGCGCGGUUGGAAUAUGGAUAGAAGUGUAGAUUCCAUCGGUAGUUGCUCGCUCGAUGUAGAUGCUGAUUCAACCGAUUUCUCUGACACGUCAGGAGAGCUAAACUUUCUAACACCCAUCUCCGGUAAGGACAUCACCCGGGAGUUCACGGCCGGGAUUAAGGAGCGUUGCAUGGUGCCGGUGAUCAACUGUCAGGCAGUAACGAGCGUACUGGAUCCGGUAACCGGUCACAUCAGCACCGUUCUCACGACGACGGCGGCGGCAGCUUCGCCCGUGGGCGCUCAACAGCAGCAACCGCUGCUAAGCAACGGCGACAGCAUUGCGGCUUCGCAGGUGAACAAAAAACCCAGCUAUCUGAAUCUCGCCUGCUGCGUGAAUGGCUACUCGAACCUGACGACAUACGAUUCGAAGCUCCGCCAGGACAUAAACAAAUCGCGUGAAGUGUCCCCGAGCCGUCCGAUCAUCGCGACGCUUCACUACAACCGCACCGAUUCGACCGGUACCGGUGCUGGCAAUCAUCUGCUAGCGGCGCCCACCCUCAGUUACGUCAGCAUGAACAAUACGAUCAACAACAACUACGGCGGGACGACGGGAGCCGGUGGUCAGCUCGGGUUCGUCGGGAGCAGAAUGUUCAAGAUAAACGGCGGAGGUGGCGGCCUAGGACGCGUUCGCGCCAUGAACGGAACAUCAGCGGGAGGGCCGGUGGACGUUACCGAUAAUGCGGCUUGCGCGUUGUUCAACGGCAACGGCACGCUGCGCUCGAAGGUGAUUUCGUCACAGUCCCAAAUAAGCAGCCUCUCGCGGGACGAUCCGUCUAAGAUGACGCCGAAGAAGAGCUUCAUCCAGCAGCGCGUUGAGAAGCUGUACGGGGCGAGCGAAGGAGUGGUCAUCAACAAACAAAUCUACAGCAAUAGCGAGCGGAAGUACCUAAACAACAUUGCAAACGAAACCAACGGUGUGGUAGUGAACGGCACGACACCGGCCACGCUAGGACACAGUAAAGGGCAUCUGUUGGCGGCAAGUGGCGGUGGAUCGCUGUUGAAGAACGGAUCCGCUCAUCUGGCGAACGGCGCCCACUCGGUUGUGGUGGAAGAAAACAAUAAACUGAUUGGCAGCGAUGAGCACCAGCCAGGCGAUGAUCCGGACGUCGAGGCGCUCCCGGUGUUGCGACACUUGCGGCCCGAGUUUCGCGCUCAGUUGCAGAUCUUCUCGCCCAAGAAAAUUCCCAAACCCUCUCCGAGCCGUUCCCUGGGAGCCACCGCAGCAACCAACGGUAAUGUGCAUCACACCAACGGUACGGCGAUGAGUCACGGCAGCGCUGUCGAAGAGAGUCUAUAUUCGCGAACGCAACGUCACCACGCGACAGACGAACAGCAUUACUCGUCAAUCGAUACCAGCUACGACAGCUUGCGGCAGGACGAAGAUUUGUCUCGAAUGGCGAGCACCACGACCGCGACCAGCAAUGGACAUCACUACCACGAGACCAGCAGUCACCAUAGCAACGCUGCACGCACGAUGCACGUUGUCGAACGGCACACUGAUAGGGCGACGAAAUCGGAGGAGCACACGAUACCGUCCCCGCCAGCGUCCGUCGUUGCCGUUGACAACGCACCGGAGACGAUUGUAGUAUCAGCAAAUACCGCGAGUCGCGCCACCGUACCUGUCGACAUUGCCGCCGUACGACAUCAGCAACCGGCGACGGCGGCGAGUGGUUCAUUCGAUAGCACUAGCACGGUGCCCGAGAACAAAGUUCACAACGGUGUCGACGAGUCGGCGGCAGACAGCGCGAAAGUAGCGGACGUCGAAAACCGCUGCAGCCAGCUCGUGGUGAACGGUGGUGACGUUUUAAAUUGUGAUAAUCCUUCGGCCGAGAUGAGAGCGGUCGUGGCACAGGAUCCGGCCGGUACCGGAGCAACAACGGGCGCGUCGGAAGAGGCCAGUGCAGUGAAACCGGUGCCGCCACCAGUGGCAACUACCAACGGCAAUAGCAGUGCACACAGUCUCAACAAUAACAACAACCAUGAGCUCGAUGGAAACUAUUUUCUGCAGAUACUGCGGAACGAGCAGAACCGCCUGCAAACGAUGGCCACCUCGGUGGAGAAGGAGAUUCAAAAGCUUAAGGCCAACGGCGUCGUCCUGUGUGAGGAAAUCGAUGGCUACACGCUGGUUGCCGUUGGCAAAGCCCGUCUACUUUGCUCACAGAAGAUGAAACAAUUUGAAGGACUGUGCUACACUAACCUGAACCAAACGCCCGGCGAAAAGUUCCAAACAACUGGCGAAGAUCUGCGAGGGUUCUGGGAUAUGGUGAUGCUGCAAGUGAAUGACGUCGAUGCAACUUUCGCUGAAAUCGAUACGUUCCGUAAGAACGGUUGGAAGAAACCUGUCAUUAAAAGCCCGCUACCUGCAGCACGCAACGGCGCUACUCGUACUACAAAGCUUAUCAAACGUCCAUACAAAACGGCUACGACAAAUGGUGCCACCAGCAGCAGUAGCAACGUUACCGACGGUGAAACGAAAAAGGCUUCCGCGGCGUUGGCUGCCGCGAAGCGGGAAGCGCAACGCAAGCAGCUCAUGGAAAUGAAACGGAAACAGAAGUUGGCAGCGAACGGCCAGCAACCACUUGAAAUUUUCACACAAACCUCCUCCGUUGCGAGCUCCUCCGACGGAACCGCUCCACUGUCUCCUGCUGCAAAUGCUUCGACGCUGGUCGAUACGAGUUGAUUUCGUGCAUCGUGCUUCAAGAUGCGUUAAGAUCGCACCAUUAUAAACAUCACCAGCUCGCUUUACCGUCGAAAUAUUGAUAGAGAAUAAUCGGAAGAAAAUAAUUUGUAAUUUGGCACUCCGAAAUUCCACUGCUGGAAGAGUAUAUAUUGUACAGUAGUUCACACAAACACAUUUGAUGACACUGGACUGAUAGAUUUUCCGUCACUUAAGGCUCACGCUUCUAUUUUGUCACAAGUCCAAUGCGAAACGUUGCCGCUUACCGCUGGCUCUCUGUGCUGUGCACAACGUUGAAUCCUUGCUCUUAAAAUCUGUUUGUGAAGUUUCUUUUGCGUGUACCGUAUAGGGGAAAAUGAAAUCGAAAGAAAGGAUAUAAGUGAAAGAUAUAGAAAUCGUUGUAGAAAUAGCGAAAUAGAUAGCGAAGAUCGAGAGAAAGAUAAAACGAUCGAUAGCGAAAAUGUUGUUGCAAGAAGAUAUAAAGGAUUGGAAAGGCCAAGACAGAGUGAUGAAGUUUACCAGGAGAAGAGAAAGCCAAGGAGAAGGCGAAGAAAACGUACACAAAUUGUGAUUGUUUUAUACAUUUUUAUGGUCGAAUAUUAAAAAUCUACUAUUAUCGAUUAUCGUAUUGCUAUAAUUAUUCACUUUUUUAUUGUAAAACUAUGUGUUCUGACAUUUUAACGGUAUUCAAACAACACGAAGAAAGCAAAUAAAUGCAAGCAACACGUAGCGAAAACAUAAAUAGUGCAAGGAACGGAUAGCUGAAGCGAAAAACAGAGCGUAUCUAGGCAAACAAAAAGUAGUUAGACACAUUGGAAUGCGAUCGCUGAUUAGUGUGUGAUAACGAGGGACGAAGCAGAGGAAAGCAUUUCUCUGUUAGCUCACCUUCGUUUAUCUUCCAAUGGCACACGCUCAAAGCCAAUAUGCUCUUGGUUGUGGACUAUGCAAACAAGCCAGCAACAAAGACAAGCUCAGUACACAUGUCACGAUCAAAUGAUCAAACUUACAACCAACCCCUCUGCCUGAAACGUACGCGUGUUGACUGCAACGAACUGCAUAUAAUUAAUUCUGAAUUGUACACACUGAAAGGAGAAUGGAAAGACGAAUCUCUAUUUAUUAACAAAAAUGAAAACCUCAUAACUAUCCUUUAUCAAUGUGUUUAGUUUAGCUUACUGUUGGGCGCGCUUUACUCGCCGUGGCGGCUUUGUAAUCUUCGUUUAUUUCGAGGGUCUAUGUAAUUUUUAUCCAUCUCGUUGAUGACUUUCCGGGUCGUACCAGAAGAGAAAUCAUGUUGCAAACAGUGUCCCGGUUUCGGUGGCGAUUGGCGAAAUUUCUUUAAGAUUGUAGCGGAUUCUGAAACGUCGUUUGCAUUUCAACGCAAAAUGAUGAUUGCAACGCGGUUGCUGUUUGCUCGUCGUUUACGUUUCAUUGGAAAAUGCUAUUUGAAGGAAGGUUUAUGUAGUUAGAUGGCUCAUUCUAUAUUUUGUAGCUUGCAUUUUUGUGUCGUUCGAACGUACAAGAACGUAAGAUGAGGGAAGUCGAUGAGUAAAUGGAAGUAUCAUGUCGAAGAGAAUACGACCAUUUAGAACAAGUAUUUAUGAGCUAGUGCCUUAUCUGUCGUUCAAGAAACAAGGUGCAUAUGAGUACAAAGUAUAAUAGAUUUUUUGGGCUCACAUUUUAUUCGUCUUUGUUCGCGUAUGUCUUAUUAUUUCCGCUAUGCAGCAAAUUACAGCUUUCUUGCCCUUUUUGUUUUGCAUGCAACUUAGUGGCAGAACCUUUCUCAAAGUUGUUUCUUAUCGCCAAUGAUGUACUGGGGAAUGAUUUCCUUUCGGUUUUAGUAACCACAAAACGAGCGAACCAUAUAAAUCCUUCGUAAAAGACAGUGUUCGUGAGAAUGAAUAUUCGCAAAGUUAUAGAAAAAGGAAAGAACGCGCAGAAGACGAGGCUACUUGCUUUGUGCUUAUCGCGCGGGGGUCAAACCCGCGAAACCGCGAGACCGAGAUCCGCCAUCGAACGGCAUUGUUACGGAUAGCAAAACGUAGUAGAGCCUAACGCAAGCAUUGUGAUUGGCGGCUUAUUUUUCGACAAAAAGGAUUUAGCAAAAAUUUUACAGCGUUUGGCAGAUGCAAAACUAAAUGAUGUAACGUGCAACCCUUGAUGGGGAAUCAGCACUGUGUCGGGUGGAAGAAGAUUAUUAAGGUAUAACAAAUGGCUAAGGAGCGAACAGCAGCAACAGCUUGUAGAUUGAUCAACGAGAGGCAACAAUACCACCAACAUUACAACACGAAUAAAUCAAUAAAUAUUCAAAGGAUAACCACAAACACUUUUAUUCUUU